AAACGUUGAGAAUCUACAAUUCCUCUGGACCCAUCCAACCUUCAUGACGUCCACCCCGUUAGAGGACUCCGCGCCUCCCCGCGCCACUACAGAAGCCCAGAAGACGCCUCAAGACGCAAUGGAGAACGCGGCAACACCCGCUAAUACCACCACCCAAUCCAAACUACGCACCAGCCACCGCGCAGCCGCCGCUGCAGCCAACGCGUUCAUGGCUGCACAAGUGCAAGAAGAGGCGGCUCCAUUGGGCGUCGUCAUGGCUAAAGGUUUUGGCUCCAAGCCUGCGAAAGCGCAACCCAGCAAUCCUCCAGCUCAGCAGCAGCCGGGCAACCUGGGCAUGUUACUGUGUGCGGCAAUAGGAGACGAAGACACGAAGAAACGAGCCACCGAGGCGCUCCCUCCAGCCCCCAAACGAGCCAAAGUAGCGAGCAAGUCAAUGCCACAGAGCGCAGAGCAUCGAGGCAAGAAGCGUCGACAAGCGUCUGUAUACGAAGCUCCUAUGGAGGCGUCGCCCAUUAUCACAGACCUGCCUCCACUGCCUUUUACAACCCCUGAUGCCAAGAAGAAGUGUAAACUUAAAAAGGUAGCACCUCUCAAAGACAACGAGAGCGAGGACACUCGCCACUGCGAGUUCUGCAGGAAAGUAGCCAACAUCUGCGUGCUGCUGCACUGCCACGCGUGUCGUCGCGUGUACCAUUCGGGCUGCUUUUUGCACGCUUUUAAGUCGUUAGUGGACCCCAAAAUCCCCAUUUUUGACCAAAUGGAGCGUCUGCAACUGGAAGCACCAGAACGCAGAGGCAAUAUCUUCCGCUGUGCGUCAUGUAAAGCGGCCUUCUUGGACUUCUACGAGAGCGAUGGUUAUCUCUGGAACUGCGACUGUCCCACGUGUUUGCAACCGGAAAAGAAGAUUUAUUAUCGCCAGAGGAAAUUGGUGCAAAUGAUGAACGAGAUGGAGCUCGAGAAGCAACGGAAAAAGGAGAAAAAAGGCCAAAAAAGUGGAGCUAAGACGCCGACACCUCCUAGUCGGUCGAACUCGGUAUCACGCAGUAGACGGACUAGAGGCAGCGCUACACCUAACGAUACGGUUGUUACCGCUCAUGCUGAGACUAAGGUUGUGAAGGAGAGUAAAGCUGAGCCGAUGGAUGUGGACAGUGGACUACAGACUGCAGAUUCUAAGAAAGAAGAACAGAUGGAGAGUGAUGAAAAGAUCAAGACACAGAACGCGGAAGAGCUUGAUCAAGAGGUUACAGAACAGUUGAAAGUUAAGUACGAAUCUGGGACGCCACCACUGGAUCUAUCUGGAGAUGAGCUUGUCAAUGCUGUGCGAAUUGUUCACGACGAAAAGAGUGGAGGGUGGACGUUUCCUGUUAUGUGUUCUCGAACGUCAAGUCUUCAUGUGUCAGGGAUCAUGAAAACGGGCAGUUGCAAGUGGUCUUUGAAAAAGAUGGGCUUCAUCCAGUGCGAUUGUUGCGCUAAAAUAUUCAAAUUCUCCGAGUUUGUGCACCACACGGAUAGCGCCUUAGUGAAAGACGCCAAGUGCGCAGCGGAAGAUCCGAUGCCAUUUUUGUUCGUCGAGCAUCGCGACAACACGCAGCACUCCUCACUGGAUGAUUUCCUACCAGCUUUAAGGAGUUGGGUGGGGCGACAGAGUGCGAAUAACACGCCGACUAAGUCGCGAAAGAGCCGCAAUUUGAAGCCUGAACCGGUUGAAACACCGACGAUACCGGAGCCAGAGGUGGACGCAUCCAUGUCCAGACUGCGUACACUGGCACUGUUUAAACGUCCAAAGCACCGGAAGGACAACGUUCCUUUCGACUUUGUGGCUCAAAUCGUGUGUCUGUCGCCCAAGUACGUGAUGAAUAUGGCCAAUGGAAGUCUGGCUGACCGCGUUGUGCGCUCUAAAACGGCAGCACCUGGCGACUCAUUCCCUCGCAAAGCUGGCUGGUUGGCCUUCAGCCGCACAGCAACUCAGGACCGCAAGGUUUUGUGCGUUUGCUGCGAGAAUAAAUUUAUUAUUGACGACUUUGUGGCGCAUGCUGGCAUCUCGCAGACGGAGUUGACGAAAAAGCCCCGACUGCUCUUGUAUGUCGUGGAACGAGAGGACGAGUCGGCAUUGAUGCCGUACAGGACGUUUGCUAAAGAUCUGGAGGCUGCAGCCACGAAUAACGUGCUGGAUGCGCUGCUGAGUGGGCUGCAUUUGCCACCUCCGUCUCCUCGACCUCUUGAGCUCUGAGAGAAAUAGACAAUGGGAGUGCGUUUAGUGAUUGCUUGGCCAUUACUGUAGGACUAUGACUAUGGAUGGUCUCGAAAGAGCUAGUUGAGAUUUCUAAUCUGCUUGAAAGGUGAUGCAUGUCAUUAGCAGUAAUUGAAGUGCUUUUAUUUCAAUAGCGAACGUAUUGCGGAA